GGCGGGCGCGCGCGGCGGGAGGAGGGGCAGAGUGGAACGGUGGGCUAGGGGCCCGAGCACAGGUCUGUGCGCUGGAAGCUAGCAGACGGCGCAACCUCGCGCUCCGAGACCCGGCCAGGUAAGGCCGGUGGCUGCGAGACAGGGGCUUUCUCUGUUGCCCAGGCUGGAGUACAGUGGUGUGAAUGGCUUACUGCAGCCUCGACCUCCUGGGCUCAAGCAAUCCUUCCACCUCAGCUUCCUGAGUAGCUGGGACUACAGAACCUGUUACGAGUCAGUUUUUAGUGAGAAAACACUGGGCUAGGAGCCAAGACCCAUCUCUUCACUAUUUUGGUAUUGUGCAAGUCAUCUUAUCUCUUUGGAUCUCACUUGACUCAUCUGUAAAAAGGAGAUAAAAAUUAGUUACCUGCCUGAACAUGAGGUGGAGGACUCUCCUGCGACAGUAUUGCUUUCUCUUGAUUACAUGUCUACUUACUGCUCUUGAAGCUGUGCCUAUAGACAUAGACAAGACAAAAGUACAAAAUAUUCCUGUGGAAAGUGCAAAGAUAGAACCACCAGAUACUGGACUUUAUUAUGAUGAAUAUCUCAAGCAAGUGAUUGAUGUGCUGGAAACAGAUAAACACUUCAGAGAAAAGCUCCAGAAAGCAGACAUAGAGGAAAUAAAGAGUGGGAGGCUAAGCAAAGAGCUGGAUUUAGUAAGUCACCAUGUGAGGACAAAACUCGAUGAACUGAAAAGGCAAGAAGUAGGAAGGUUAAGAAUGCUAAUUAAAGCUAAGUUGGAUUCCCUUCAAGAUAUAGGCAUGGACCACCAAGCUCUUCUAAAACAAUUUGAUCACCUAAACCACCUGAAUCCUGACAAGUUUGAAUCCACAGAUUUAGAUAUGCUAAUCAAAGCGGCAACAAAUGAUCUGGAACACUAUGACAAGACUCGACAUGAAGAAUUUAAAAAAUAUGAAAUGAUGAAGGAGCAUGAAAGGAGAGAAUAUUUAAAAACAUUGAAUGAAGAAAAGAGGAAAGAAGAAGAAUCUAAAUUUGAAGAAAUGAAGAAAAAGCAUGAAAAUCACCCUAAAGUUAAUCAUCCAGGAAGCAAAGAUCAACUAAAAGAGGUAUGGGAAGAGACUGAUGGAUUGGAUCCUAAUGACUUUGACCCCAAGACAUUUUUCAAAUUACAUGAUGUCAAUAGUGAUGGAUUCCUAGAUGAACAAGAAUUGGAAGCCCUAUUUACUAAAGAGUUGGAGAAAGUAUAUGACCCUAAAAAUGAAGAGGAUGAUAUGGUAGAAAUGGAAGAAGAAAGGCUUAGAAUGAGGGAACAUGUAAUGAAUGAGGUUGAUACUAACAAAGACCGAUUGGUGACUCUGGAGGAGUUUUUGAAAGCCACAGAAAAAAAAGAAUUCUUGGAGCCAGAUAGCUGGGAGACAUUAGAUCAGCAACAGUUCUUCACAGAGGAAGAACUAAAAGAAUAUGAAAAUAUUAUUGCUUUACAAGAAAAUGAACUUAAGAAGAAGGCAGAUGAGCUUCAGAAACAAAAAGAAGAGCUACAGCGUCAGCAUGAUCAACUGGAGGCUCAGAAGCUGGAAUAUCAUCAGGUCAUACAGCAGAUGGAACAAAAAAAAUUACAACAAGGAAUUCCUCCAUCAGGGCCAGCUGGAGAAUUGAAGUUUGAGCCACACAUUUAAAGUCUGAAGUCCGCCAGAACUUGGAAGAAAGCUGUUAACUCAACAUCUAUUUCACCUUUUUAGCUCCCUUUCUUUUUCUCUGCUUAAUAAAUAUUUUAAAAGCAUAUUUGGAAUAAAGGAAAAUACUUUUUAAA